AUGGCGUCCCGGAGGCUUGUUGCUCUGUGCGUCCUGGCAUCGCUUUGCAGAGGAAUCGCCGGCAAGAGCUCCUGUGCUAAGGAGAACUUGCUGCUCCAAGUAGGUAGCAAAGUCACGGGAUUGGCAUUGGCUGAGCAGAAGCAGGAGCCCUCUUGCGGCAAUGAAUUCUGCAAUCUUCUCUAUCCAGGAUCGUGGUGUCGUGUAAGUAACCGUGUUUGCCAAUGGGUUGAUGUGCCAUGUGGCUGCGAGACGCAUUCACCUACCCAGACCACAACUACGACAACCACAACUGCUACUACCACUACCACUACGACGACCACUACGACGACCACUACGACGACCACGACGACGACCACGACGACGACCACGACAACGACCACGGCAACGACCACGACAGCGACCACGACGACCACCACCGCCGCCACCCCCACCACGACGCUGAGUUCACCUUUUACCACGAGCUCCAGCCAAGAAAGCACAUCGGUAUCCCAGCUGUGUGGCAAUGAGCUUUGUGCUUCUAUUCGCCCAGGCUCGUGGUGCCGUGUGAGCAACGGGGUGUGCCAAUGGAUCAACAUACCGUGCCAGUGCGGAGCCACCACGAGCACAAGCGCUGUGAGCACGAGCACGAGCAGCACACUUGAGCAUACGAGCAUCACAAGUACCAUUGCAGCAACUGCUACCAGCACGAGUGUUGAAAGCACAUCUCCCAAUCCCUAUGUGGAGUAUGUCUCGGCCCAGAAGGCAUUGUAUGUGUGGAACCCAGGAGAUUUGAGUCAUGCUUGGUGGGAUUGGAAAUUAUCAGACAUUGAGUUGCUCAUCUCUGUUUGCCACUUGCACGGUUUCAAUCGUGCAAUUGUCUUCAUUGGAUCGGUUCAGUGGGACUGGCAGACAUUCCAAGCAAAGGAACUUCCACACCAAGACGCCUUCGUUUCUUUGUUUGCAGCUCUUCGGCACGCUGGCAUUGUGCCAGUUGCUUCCUACUACUUAAAUGACUCGCCCAAUGACUUGUCAAAUUGGCAGCGGGCGGCGGAUGUGGUCUCCGCAGUUCAUCACUUCAAUCAAGCCUUUCCAGCCAGUGCCGUUGAAGGAAUUGAUGGGGAUCAAGAGCCAACGAGUAUCAGUGCAGAAUACUUGCAAAUGAACCAGCUUAUCAUGGCCAGGAGGGACGAGCUUGGGGCCUCCUUGAAGCUUGGGGCCUCACUGAAGCCAGGAUGGCUGAGCCGGAGCUACCAACAGGAGAACAUGGUAAGAGCAUCCUUAAAGACCUUGGAUGUUGGGAUGAUCAUGGCGUACAGUAGUUCUCCAAGCACCUCUACAUCCUGGGGAAGCCAAGCUUUAGCGCAUGCCACGGAGACCGGUAAGAAGAUGACGGUGGCCAUUGAGACCAGCCCACGAGCACCUCGAGGUGAUUCGUUCUGGGAAGUGGCCAGCCAGGAGAAGCCAAAGUUCUUUCAAAUGGUUGCAGACAUGGAAGAGCACUACCGCUACGGGGCGGAUGGUGAUGCGUUUCAAGGACUGGUGGUGCAUGAUUACGAAGGCUUCUUUGAAGCCAUGUAUGGCACCAAAGCCACGGCUUACCCUACUCCUGUGACGCAGCUCUAUGCCUAG